UCAUCGGCUUUCGCUCAAAGUUCGGAAUUCCCAUCUUUGUCAUUACUUUGAUAUCGGUACACGUAGCAACCGCUCAUGAGCUCCGCGAAAAUAUUCGGUAAAUUCGCAUUUGCAAGGGGGCUUCGACCACGUCCAAUUACAACCUCAUCUCUUUAUCUCCAUCGGAGGUCCGUAACCAUCGACGCCACUACUACCAUGGAAUCAGGUUCACGAUUACGCCACAAAAAGCCAGCAAUCUUUGUCUGCGAUUUACAGGACAAAUUUCGCAAUGCCAUCCAUCAGUUCGACAAAGUCGUCCUAACGACGCAAAAAGUCCUCCGUGCAGCUAAGAUCCUCAACAUCCCCGUGUUCGCGACAACGCAGAUCGCGGCCAAGCUUGGGGCCACAGUACCAGAGAUACAGAAGGAGAUAUCCGCUAGCGCAGUGCCUUAUACCGAGGCCGACAAGACGGCCUUCAGCAUGCUAGGUGCGGCGGAGAUCUCCUCGGCGUUUCCCGUCCCUGGGCACGAGAUUGUGAUUGUAGGGAUUGAGUCACAUAUAUGCGUUACACAGACAUCGCUAGAUCUACUGGCACGUGGACACAAAGUGUAUGUGUUAGCAGAUGGUGUGAGUAGUUGUAAUCCGCAGGAAAUACCUAUCGCUCUGGCACGACUACGUUCCGAGGGGGCGAUUGUCACGACGAGCGAGAGUUGGCUGUACGAGUGCAUGGGCGACGCCUCAAUUCCUGAGUUCAGGGAGAUAGCGAAGCUAGUCAAGGAGACAGGUGCUGAUACAAAGGCCGCACUUGCGGGACUGCUUGGGGAUCCAUCUACUUAGACUAAGACAGUGGUCCAACCAAUCCAUUGCAUCAAGGGUUACUUAGGAGAUGUACUUUUAUUCAUAAAUUCAUGAAGUAUAUGCUAGCAACUCAACCUAAACUUUU